AUGGCAGCUUCAACAAACACAAAUGUUAUACUCGAACAUCUAGAAGAAGGAAAGGUCUAUGAUCUAGAAUUCGGUGAUACAUGGAAUGCUACCAACGACGGACAUCCAUCCAAAUACGCUUAUCAUACAGUAAAAUAUGACUUUAAACCAGCAUCCGUAGUAAAGUCUGAACAAGCCGAAUUAACUGUUGGAUCUACCGAUGAUGUUUCUAUUACAUUGCCUAACGUUGAAGGUUCGUUAACUCAAUCGACGAAAUUUUCUGGUAGUACGAAAUCUUACACGCCGAAAGAAUGUGUCAUGAUCAUCGAUCCACAUACCGGUAAAAUUGUUCUCGAACGUUUAUCAGCGAAUGUUCGAGUGAAAAAUGUUCGAAUGGAAAAUCGUCCUGCCAAUCCAGUGAUCAAAGCAACUAUUCCACGUUCAAGUCAACCUGAUUCACAAGGGGAGAAAAAGACCGCAAAACCUGCUACAGCAGCCGCUAAAGUAACAACACAAAAAGUCAACACGUCAAGUAAACCAACUGUGAAUGCACCAGUAAAACCAAUGCCAAGUAAAGUGCCUCUAUCUCCUAUGGACGACCGGUUGAGUGACGAAGAAUUGUCGCCAGACCAAUCGACGAACACUGCUACAUUAUCUUCAAAUUCUGCACCUGUACAAACUCAUGCCUUACAAAGACGAGCAUCGCAUGCAACACUCGAACAAGAUCUUCAGCUUAGUGAUACUACGGAUGAUGAAGCUUGA